AUGUCACCCCACACGGAGUGUCUCGCGUUAGGAGCUGCAGCUAAUUCUGUUUCACCUGACGACGCCGCGUGCGUCGCUAUGCCCGGCGGCAGCACCCCGCCCGCGUCGCUGCCGGACCACAUUCUGCUGCGUUGCCUCGCCGCCGUGCCCUUCCCGCUCUACCGCUCGCUGCACGCCGUCUGCGCCGCGUGGCGCCACCUCGCGGACCCCCUCUCGCUGCACCAGAUCCGCCGCGCGGAGGGACUGACGGAGCUGUGGCGCGUCGACCUCGAGAACGAGUACCGCGACGCCGCUUUCCAUGGCCUCGCCGGCAAAGCCCGCCGCCAUCUCUCGCGCCCGCAGCCACCUCGCGGACUGGCGCGGCAGCGGAGCAGCAGCAGCAACGACAUGAACCGAAUCGACAUGAGCGCCUGCGCCCAUGCGGACGCCGCCGCGCCCUGCGGCAGGUGCCGCACGAGCGAGGACGCGAGCGACGUGCGCGUGACGCCGCUGGCGGGCCCUCUCCGCCUUCAGUACGGCGCCGUCGGCAUUCCGAACGAGCCCGAGCUGCUGGUGCUGGGCGGGCGCUCGCCGUUCCCCGUGUUCUGCCGCGAGGUGGUGCGCGCAUACGCGGACGCGCACGCGUACAACGCGCUCACCGACUCGUGGCGCGCGCUCGCGCCCAUGCCCACCGCCCGAUUCGCGUUUGGCGUCGCCGCGUGGACGCACCCCUCCUCUCGCCAGACCUACGUGGCAGUAGCUGGUGGCUAUGCAUCCAGUGGGGAGGCUUUAUUUGAUGCUGAGCUGUACCACGUCAGCAGCAACACGUGGACUACCCUGCCACCCCUCACUCACGAGUACCCCGCCAGCUCCAUUGCGUCCUCUCCAACUCGCUCGCCUGCCCCUAUUUCACCGGCCACAUCGUUGACCAGCUCGUCACUACUUCCUCAUGCUCUUUUCCCCCCUCAUCUCUCCCAUGCACGGCAGCACGCCAGUGGAGCAUGCAGGGCGGUGGUGCACGGCAACCAGCUCAUCGUCGCGCAGCGCACUGGCGGCCCCGCCGAGUCCCUCGACCUGGCCGCUCUGCUCUCCUCCCCACUCCCCACCUCUCCGCCCUCCCUUGAUGCCAUAGCUCAGAGUGUGACGUGGCAGCAGGAGACGGCUGAGACGAGGGACAGGCUGGUGGUGCCGCCCAGCCAGCAGCAGCAUCAGCAGAAAGGACAAGCGCCAGCCAGCCAGAAUGGAGGGGGUGCUUCAGAGAAUGGGAACUCUUGCUGGGAGUCUGUAUUUAUUUGGCUGUAA